CAUGUCUGUUGUCGAGGACCACGACAUGGGAGGUAACUCUAUCAGCUUCCUGGAGGCUGAUGGCUUUCGGUACCCUAUCGUCGACCCGGAAAUAGUUAAGGGCAUGACGCAACUGAAGGUCAAAGAUGACGAUAUCUUCCUACUGGCUUAUCCGAAAUCAGGUACACACUGGCUUUGGGAAACCACAUCCAUGCUGCUCCAGGGUAAAGCGGAGACCAUCCCUCACUGGAAGAGUAAAGUCAUGGUGGAGUUCCAGCCACAGGAAGUCAUAGACGCAUUCCCAGGAUCCCCUCGCGUCCUCAACACGCAUGUUCGGUACAACCAACUUCCGGCAGAAGCGAGAGAGAAGAAGUGUCGAAUUAUCUUUGUUCUGAGAAAUCCUAAGGAUGUUGUCGUGUCCUCCUUUAACCAUCAUAAGGGUUUCAAGAAUCACUAUGGGAACUACAAUGGGUCGUUUAAGGAUUAUCUCCCUUUUUACCUGGCUGGGAAAAUAAACCAGCACCAUUACCUUCUUGUAGCGGACUACGGGUCCUGGUUCGACUAUGUCCUGCAGUGGGAGAAGGACAUCGAGGCCCAGCAAGACCGACACCCUAUACACAUAAUGUACUAUGAAGACAUGAAGCAGAACCCCUUGGAGGAAAUCCGGAAGUUGGCAGUGUUUCUGGGAGUACAUGCUGAUGACUCACUCUACAGCGCCGUGGCAGAGAAAUGUUCUUUUAAGAAUAUGAAGGACGACAAGAAACCAUAUGAUCCCAAGUUCAAUGGCCAGCUUAUUGUUUAUAGGAAAGGCCAAGUGGGAGACUGGCAGAACUGGCUCACACCGGAACAGAACGAGAUGUUUGACAAGCUGUACCAGGAGAAGAUGAAGGACAGCAAGUUCAAGGACAAAAUGAGGUUCACACUGGCAUAGGCACAUUGUAGGAUAUGACACACCACGUAUGCUAAAUGGUAUAUAUAAUGACGGAAUCACAUACACAGUAAUCACUACACCCAUGGACACAGCCAACGCUGUAGUAGCUGCUGUUCUAGUUUACAUAUUUUAUCCAUAAUAUUGUUUGCAGAACACACGGAGAAUGAGAAAUCAUAUCUCAAGCCACAUACAGCACGCAUGCAUUUAGUCAGCAUAGCAAUAUUGUUCAAAGCGAUUGUUGAGAAUAUCAACCUCAUUAUUACUUCAUGCUUGACACGCUAACCUGAUAAUGACAAAUACAAAUGGGUAUUUGAAAUUUGACUACUGCAUUUUCUUUUGGUAGUAUUGGACAUGAAAUUGGAGACAAGAAGAUAUUUAGUGGCUUCAGUCUGGGCUAGUACAAGCAUCCGCACAUACACAUACACACGCAUGCACGUCGUCAUAUGAGCGAAAUAUUC